AAGCAGGAAGAGGGGCGCACGCUCUCACGUGACAGGGGCGGGCCCGGCUAGCAAGAUCCGGUCACGCGGAGACCCGCUACCCGCCAAUCAGGAGGCGUCGCAUCAGGGCGGGGGCGGGAGGAGCUGCCGCUCUGUGAUUGGCCGAAUGCGCGGCGGAGGCCUCGGGGGCUUGGGGCGUCGGGGAGUGCGCGAGGCGGCCCGGGUUGUGUGCACUAGCGGAGACAAAGCGGUGGCUGAGGUGGCGGUGGCGGCUGCGGCAGCGGCGGCAGAGCAGCCCUAAACGCAGAAUUCUGUGGUGCUGAGUCCUGUCAUCAUCUCAUCCAGCGCGGCGCGUGGGCGGCUGGUCUCGCGGCGGCGGCGGCAGCGGCGGAGGCGGAGGCAGCACAUGGUUCCAAGAACGCCCUGCGGUUGUUGGGUUCCAAUUCCGUGGGGAGGGACAAAGGCAGCUUUGAGCCCCGGGCAACGCCCGGUCGGGUUGUGCGCUCUCCACACAGCCCUCGACCCGAGCCUUGAAAGCUGGGACUAACUCCUCUCAGUGAGGAGGCGGCGGCCUCGGAACCGAGGCCCAGGAAGGGCCCGAGAGCGGGAGGCCUCUGUCUGAGGGUAGUGGGGGAGGGGCGCUGCCCGCCUCAGGUGAUUUGGGCGGGUCAAUUCUGAGGCAUUUUUGUGGGUCACUGUGAGGUAAUUUGACCCACUACCCUGAGGAGGUUGGGACAGGAGCACAAGCUAGGUUGGGUCUGGGCUUUGGAAACAGAAAUCAUCGUCAGCGUGUAGGAGACUUUUCAGUUAAGAGGUGGCGAAGCCGGAACUAACGCCAUAUGCACUCCAUCGACUUCAUGGCCGCCAGCCUGGGGCCUAUUUAGGAACCCUGGGAUCAUUGGUGAAGAAAUGGGUGACUGUCCGGUUUUAUGACAGAAGUUGGUAAAUUUCCGGGUUGGUAAAUUUUCUGAUCGGAAAUUUGGAGGAACAAAAAAAAGCUUGAAGAACGUGAAGAUGGAGCAGUGAUAAAACCUCCAACUUCGGUACCAUCUACUCCAACAUCGUCCACAUUCAACUCCUUGAACUAUUGAAACUUAAUGCUAAAAAGACUACAGAUUUAUAACCGUUUUUUCCAGAAUAUUCCAUCAUAGUCAUUGAGAAGAUAAAAAACUUAAAGGCGAAAUCAAUUGUAGUUUUAGACAUCUCUUUGAAUGUAUUAUGGAUAGAUACUAGGUAACCUUGUUCCACAGUAAGGAGCACAGAUUUACCAAACCUUUACUGGAAGGAAUCCUGGAAAAUCUAUUCCAUUGUAGGGUUAUAUUUUCCAGUUAGUGGGCGAAGGCCUGAAGACCUCACUGCACUCAUGGCUUUCACAAAUUACAGCAGUCUGAAUCGAGCUCAGCUAACCUUUGAAUAUCUGCAUACAAAUUCAACUACUCAUGAAUUCUUGUUUGGUGCUCUUGCUGAACUGGUUGAUAAUGCAAGAGAUGCUGAUGCCACCAGAAUAGAUAUUUACGCAGAAAGGCGAGAGGACCUUCGAGGAGGAUUUAUGCUUUGCUUUUUGGAUGAUGGAGCAGGAAUGGAUCCAAGUGAUGCUGCCAGUGUGAUCCAGUUUGGGAAGUCAGCCAAGCGAACACCUGAGUCCACCCAGAUUGGGCAGUAUGGGAAUGGGUUAAAAUCGGGCUCAAUGCGCAUUGGGAAGGAUUUUAUACUCUUCACUAAGAAGGAAGACACCAUGACCUGCCUCUUCUUGUCUCGGACCUUUCACGAGGAGGAAGGCAUUGAUGAAGUGAUAGUCCCAUUGCCCACCUGGAAUGCUCAGACCCGGGAACCUGUCACAGACAACGUGGAGAAGUUUGCCAUCGAGACAGAACUCAUCUACAAGUAUUCUCCCUUCCACAAUGAAGAGGAAGUUAUGACUCAGUUCAUGAAGAUUCCUGGGGACAGUGGAACACUGGUGAUCAUCUUCAACCUUAAACUGAUGGAUAACGGAGAGCCAGAGUUAGACAUAAUCUCAAAUCCAAGAGACAUCCAGAUGGCAGAGACUUCCCCGGAGGGCACGAAGCCAGAGCGUCGCUCUUUCCGUGCCUAUGCUGCUGUGCUCUAUAUUGAUCCCCGGAUGCGAAUCUUCAUCCACGGGCACAAGGUGCAGACCAAGAGGCUCUCCUGCUGCCUAUAUAAGCCCAGGAUGUACAAGUACACAUCAAGCCGUUUCAAGACUCGUGCAGAGCAGGAGGUGAAGAAAGCUGAGCAUGUAGCACGGAUUGCUGAGGAGAAGGCACGGGAGGCAGAGAGCAAAGCUCGGACCUUAGAAGUUCGACUAGGUGGAGACCUUACACGGGACUCCAGGGUGAUGUUGCGGCAGGUCCAGAACACAGCCAUUACUCUGCGCAGAGAAGCUGAUGUCAAGAAACGGAUCAAGGAGGCCAAGCAGCGAGCACUUAAAGAACCUAAGGAACUGAAUUUUGUUUUUGGGGUCAACAUUGAACAUCGGGACCUGGAUGGCAUGUUCAUAUAUAACUGUAGCCGCCUGAUCAAGAUGUAUGAGAAAGUGGGCCCACAGCUAGAAGGGGGCAUGGCAUGUGGUGGGGUUGUCGGGGUUGUUGAUGUGCCCUACCUGGUCCUGGAACCUACACACAACAAGCAGGACUUUGCUGAUGCCAAGGAGUACCGGCACCUGCUGCGGGCGAUGGGGGAGCACCUGGCACAGUACUGGAAGGACAUUGCCAUUGCCCAGAGGGGAAUCAUCAAGUUCUGGGACGAGUUUGGCUACCUCUCUGCCAACUGGAACCAGCCCCCAUCCAGUGAGCUACGUUACAAGCGCCGGAGAGCUAUGGAAAUCCCAACCACAAUCCAGUGUGAUUUGUGUCUGAAGUGGCGAACCCUCCCCUUCCAGCUGAGUUCUGUGGAAAAAGAUUACCCUGACACCUGGGUUUGCUCCAUGAACCCUGAUCCUGAGCAGGACCGAUGUGAGGCUUCUGAACAGAAGCAGAAGGUUCCCCUGGGGACAUUCAGAAAGGACCUGAAGACACAAGAAGAGAAGCAGAAGCAGCUGACAGAGAAAAUUCGCCAACAGCAGGAAAAACUAGAAGCCCUGCAGAAAACCACACCUAUCCGCUCCCAAGCUGACCUGAAGAAAUUGCCUUUGGAAGUGACCACCAGACCUUCCACUGAGGAACCUGCACGUAGACCUCAGCGACCUCGGUCACCUCCUUUACCUGCUGUGAUCAAGAAUGCCCCGAGUAGACCCCCUUCCCUGCAAGCUCCCAGGCCAGCCAGCCAGCCCCGAAAGGCUCCUGUCAUCAGCAGUACCCCAAAGCCUCCUGCCCUGGCAGCUCGGGAGGAGGCCAGUACAUCCAGGCUGUUGCAACCACCUGAGGCCCCCCGAAAGCCUACUAACACGCCGGUUAAGACUGCGCCCCGGCCCACCCCUGUGGUGCAGCCACUGUCACCAUCUCUGCUACCCAACUCCAGGAGCCCUCGGGAGGUUCCUGCUCCCAGAGCCAUCAAGACUCCAGUGGUCAAGAAGCCAGAGCCACCCACUAAACUCUCCCCAACCACUCCUGGUCGCAAGCGGACUCUUGGGGUCUCUGAGGAAGAAGAAGCUGAGGAAGAGGCUGAGAGGAGGAAAGAGAGGUCUAAGCGGGGCAAGUUUGCAGUGAAGGAGGAAAAGAAGGACUUGAAUGAGCUCUCGGACAGUGCUGGGGAAGAGGAACCAGCUGACCUUAAGAGGGCUCAGAAAGAUAAAGGGUUGCACGUGGAGGUGCGUGUGAACAGGGAGUGGUACACAGGCCGUGUCACAGCUGUGGAGGUGGGCAAACAUGUGGUGCGGUGGAAGGUGAAGUUUGACUACGUGCCCACAGACACCACUCCGAGAGACCGCUGGGUGGAGAAAGGCAGUGAGGAUGUGCGGCUGAUGAAGCCCCCUUCUCCGGAGUACCAGAGCCCAGACACACAGCAGGAAGGCGGGGAGGAGGAGGAGGAGGAGGAGGAGGUGGUGGUGGCCCAGCAGGCUGUAGCCAUGGCAGAGCCCUCUACUUCCGACUGCAUCCGCAUAGAGCCUGACACCACUGCCCCGAGCACCAACCAUGAGACCAUUGACCUGCUCGUCCAGAUCCUCCGGAAUUGUUUACGAUAUUUUCUGCCUCCAAGUUUCCCCAUCUCCAAGAAGGAGCUUAGUGCUAUGAAUUCAGAUGAGCUAAUAUCAUUUCCUCUGAAAGAGUACUUCAAGCAGUAUGAAGUGGGGCUCCAGAAUCUGUGCCAUUCCUACCAGAGCCGUGCCGACUCACGGGCCAAGGCCUCCGAGGAGAGCCUGCGCACUUCUGAGAGAAAGCUCCGAGAGACAGAGGAGAAGCUGCAGAAGCUGAGGACCAACAUUGUGGCGCUCCUGCAAAAGGUGCAGGAGGAAUCUGUGGUUCCAACCCUGGCUGCACAGCAUCCUGACCAGGAGGGCUGGAGGUGGUGCGGCUGCCUGGGCCUCAUCCCAGCCAGACCCACGGACAUAGACAUCAACACAGAUGAUGAGCUGGAUGCCUACAUCGAGGACCUGAUCACCAAGGGGGACUAAGGGGCUCAGAGACAAAGAUCAGCUUCUCUGCCCUUCAAGGCAGAGUUCUUGGGGCGGGGUGGGGUGGUGUUUUGUUCAUGGGUUGGUGGACUUGCCUUGGUUUGACUCACAUGAGGCAUUUGUGCUUUUGGAGGGAAAAAUACUCUGAUUCUUUGAAUCUUCCUCCCUAAGUUUAUAAAUAUUUAUUUUUUAAAAGAAA